GCAUAAAAUUCGUCACUUUCUCGCAAAGUGUUUACCUCGUAAUAUUAUACUAAUUAUCCGUGCGAGUAUACAAACAUGAACGGCAACUACUGUCGGUCGAUCCUCGCGCUCGUCUGCGGCCUGCUGGUGGCCGUUCUCGUCGUGGUGCAGCAGGUCGACGCCACCAGUCUGACCCUGGGCACGAGGCGCCAAGGCGACGGCCUCGUGUGCGCCGGCGACGUCAACAUACGCGCCCGACCCGGCCAGAUAGUCAGCGCCACGAAGCUCUGCAACGUGCCCAGGCGCAACCAGACCAUCACCCAGGUGCGAGCCCUCGAUCUCGGGGUCCGCGGCAGGGGCGGCUACGCGUCCGUCGUCAAGGGCGGCCUCGGCCGCGGGAACGUCACCCUCUACCUGUGGAGCCAGAAGAGUCAGCCGCUCAACUUCACACUGCAGGUCUACGCCUGGCCGUACUACUAAGAUCGAUCGACGGUGCAAAGUGACGAUCGUGUGUGUAGUGCGAUAUCCAGCGGUUAUUGGAUAGUUCGAUUGUCUCGUAUGAUACGUUUAGAGAAUGAUCAAAAUUAACGAAUAAAAAGUUAUAUAUUUUUGUUAAACAUACGUUUUGAACAUUUUUUUUAUUUACCAUUUUCCUCGAUCAACAAAUUGAACAUUAUACGACAAGUUAUUAUCUCAAAACCCUGAAAAGAGCAGUAAUUGUACGAUUACUUUGUUAACCAGACAUAAUUAAAUAAAGUAGCCCAAGUAAAUCUAUGCAAUUA